AGGAGAAAGAACAUGGCGGGCGCGGCGGGUCCUGCGGCCGGCCCGGGAACCGCUGGUGGAGAUGGAGACGAUUCCUUGUACCCGAUCGCGGUUUUAAUCGACGAGCUCCGCAAUGAGGACGUGCAGCUCCGUCUCAACAGUAUUAAGAAGUUAUCAACAAUUGCUCUAGCACUUGGGGUAGAAAGGACUCGAACUGAACUGCUGCCCUUUCUUACAGAUACAAUUUAUGAUGAAGAUGAGGUGCUGUUAGCGCUUGCUGAGCAGCUUGGAAAUUUCACUGGUUUGGUGGGAGGGCCUGAUUUUGCCCACUGUCUGUUGCCUCCUUUGGAAAGUCUGGCGACUGUGGAAGAGACCGUUGUUCGAGACAAGGCUGUGGAGUCCCUGAGACAGAUCUCACAGGAACAUACUCCUGUUGCUCUGGAAGCUCAUUUUGUACCUCUGGUGAAACGCCUUGCCAGUGGGGACUGGUUUACCUCUCGCACGUCUGCAUGUGGCUUGUUCAGCGUUUGCUACCCUCGAGCUUCAAACGCUGUCAAGACAGAAAUUAGACAGCACUUCCGCUCCCUGUGCUCAGAUGAUACGCCAAUGGUACGACGUGCUGCUGCUUCCAAAUUGGGUGAAUUUGCAAAAGUUUUGGAAUUAGAUAGUAUGAAAACUGAAAUUGUUCCAUUAUUCACUAAUCUAGCAUCGGAUGAACAGGAUUCUGUACGCCUCCUGGCUGUGGAGGCUUGUGUCAGUAUUGCCGAGUUACUGUCUCAGGAUGACCUUGAGACCUUGGUUAUGCCUACACUUCGGCAAGCAGCAGAAGAUAAAUCUUGGCGGGUUCGCUAUAUGGUAGCUGACAAAUUCUCAGAGCUCCAGAAAGCUGUGGGUCCUAAAAUCACCCUAAAUGACCUCAUCCCCGCCUUCCAGAGCCUACUUAAAGACUGUGAAGCUGAAGUCCGAGCAGCUGCUGCCCACAAAGUCAAAGAACUUUGUGAAAACUUGCCCAUUGAAGGUAGAGACACCAUAAUUAUGAAUCAAAUUCUGCCCUAUAUAAAGGAAUUAGUAUCUGAUACCAAUCAACAUGUCAAAUCAGCUCUAGCUUCAGUAAUUAUGGGAUUGUCUACAAUUUUGGGUAAAGAGAAUACCGUUGAACAUCUUCUUCCUCUUUUUUUAGCUCAGUUAAAGGAUGAGUGUCCUGAAGUUCGUUUGAAUAUCAUCUCCAAUUUGGAUUGUGUAAAUGAGGUGAUUGGAAUCCGUCAGCUGUCUCAGUCUCUCCUUCCUGCCAUUGUGGAACUGGCUGAAGAUGCUAAGUGGAGGGUCCGGCUGGCCAUCAUUGAGUAUAUGCCACUGCUGGCGGGGCAGCUGGGGGUGGAGUUUUUUGAUGAAAAGUUGAAUUCCUUAUGUAUGGCCUGGCUUGUGGAUCAUGUUUAUGCCAUCCGAGAAGCAGCCACUAACAACCUCAUGAAAUUAGUCCAGAAGUUUGGUACAGAGUGGGCGCAGAAUACCAUUGUCCCUAAAGUACUAGUGAUGGCAGAUGAUCCUAAUUACUUGCAUAGAAUGACCACUUUAUUCUGCAUUAAUGCACUCUCUGGAGCCUGUGGUCAGGAAAUAACCACUAAACAAAUGCUGCCCAUUGUAUUGAAAAUGGCAGGAGACCAAGUAGCGAAUGUUCGUUUUAAUGUGGCCAAAUCACUACAAAAAAUUGGACCAAUUCUAGAUAUUGACGCUUUGCAGGGGGAAGUGAAGUCGGUGCUACAGAAGUUAGGUCAGGACGAAGACAUGGAUGUGAAGUAUUUUGCACAGGAAGCUUUAACUGUUCUUGCGUUGGCAUAAAGAGGAGCAGGAGGGAAAAGCUAAAUUCUUAUCACAGAUUUCUAGUCAGUGUGUUCUUAAACUGGGUGCAGAAAAAUGGAACCCUUCAAGAUCUCAUCCAAGCAAAUGGCAACAAGCUAGAAGAAAUCAAAUUUCAGUGACUUGCUUCUUUGUAAACAUGAAAUAGGAUUGUUUUUACUUACCUCUUUGUUGGGAUGAUUAUUUAAGCUAUUCUUGCUGACCAGGUCCUGAUAACUGUCUGUGUCCUCAUCUUUUGAGUGUCUCCUGGUGCUUUUCCCCAGCAUCCUCUGGGCUCCUGCCUCCUCCCUUUUCUAUCAGGCCCCAGCCAUUUCAUAAUCCAGACAAAGCCUGGAUGGAUUUGGAUCCUGACAUAGAGUAGGGUGAUUUUCUGACUGUUUACACAUAUCUGUGUGCUUCUCCAUCAUUCCAAAGUUAAAUGUAAAUGGUUUUGAAUAAUGUGUUUUACAAAUUUUCCAUUUGGGAGAUACUGAGGUUAGACUGUCAUGAAGUCAUAUUUCCCUGCAUUAAGAUGGUCGGUAUCAGUGUCUCCCAUGCAAGAAGAACAUGGAAGCUCAGGGUUAAUGUACUGGUUGUUUUUUUGUUUUUGUUUUUGUUUUUUUUUGCUCAGCUUUGACUAUAAUCAUGUCAUGCAGAAACCUGAAAUGGAUGUUAAUGGUGCUAAUGUGUGAUGUUGAGACCAAAGGAUUUCAACGGCUUACCACUGUUACUGCCUUCAAAAAUUCUUCCAUUUUUCCUGAGAAAAUUCAGUGCCUCCUACUAAGUUGUAGUUCUACUAUUUAAUUGUAAAUUUGCAGUUUUGUGCUGUUGGUGAGUGUAGGAACCACUGGCGUAAAGCUGUAUGGAUUUCCUGCUCUUGACCUGGUCCUACCUCCAGCAAUGUUAGGACCUUGUCUGUUACAUUGUACAUUAGGUCUCCAAACUAAAGGAUUAUACCACUACGUUUUUGGUAUGGGUGAUGUUGGAAUCUUACUUGAUACAUUUUUCUACAUUUUCAGUAAAACUUCAUUAGUUUCUUCUGAAACUUAAGGUAAUAAAUUAAGCUGAAGGUUCUGUUGAAGCAGAUUAAUAGUACAUAUAGAAGGCUAUUUGAAACUUAAGCAGUUUGAAAGUACUCAUUUAACAGUGGGUAUACUAAUUACCAACCACUCUUUCCAAUUAUAUCACAUACUUUCCAUGAGGGUCUCAGAGGUCAUACUUUUUUGAUGUCGUCUGUGUAGUUUUUGUCUUUGCAACAUAUGCAUUUGUAUUUCAUGGAAAUAUAAGUAUUUUUCUUGUAAAUGUAACUUUUUAUGCAAUCAAAUUCACUGUCUCUACUGGGUUUUAAUUAGUAAGGUUUUAUUGUAGUUUAUUUUUCUCUCAGUAUACCUUGCCAUGUAGGUUGGUGUUUCCAUUUUGGUUUUUAAGUUGUUGAUUUCAGUCAUAGCCUCUUUAAUCUAGCAAGCCUUGCUGUGUUUUGUUUAAGCUCAAAGGUACCUAGAAAGCUUUUUCCAUUAAACAAUUACAUAAAAUCAAGUGUGAGUAAAUGCCUUCAAGUUUAUCUUGCUGUAGGAAAAAAGAACAGAAGAACUUUAAGUCUGAAAUUGUCUGCCUGCAUUUUAAACUGCCAAAUUUCUUGAUAGUUAGUUUCUAUUUUAUGACUUCUUGGGCCAAGGUUUGAACAUUUCCCUAAGCAGAAAGAUUCUCAUUUUAAUACCUUAAUCUAUUCUUAGUUUUUUCAUUACCUACAAGUUAUGUUCCUUGUUGAAUUUUGUAUUAGAGAUUAUUUUAAUACCUAAAAUAAAUUUAAAUUGGGACCAUGGCUUUUUUUCCCCCUUUUGGUUGGAAAUGACAUUCAUUUGGGGAUAAACUUCUAAAAUGCUCUUGUGUCUCCACACCCCUAAUCCUGUGCAUUUAACUUUUGCCCUGUUGGGAGAGAGUGCAUUCUCUUUUUAUUUUUUUAAUCAAAUAUGGGUCAGCACAGGAGGCCCUGUUUUUUGUUUUUUUGUUUUGGCGGGGGGAUGAUAGUUAAGAGACAUCAUUCUUUGUUAUAUAACCAGCUCCUUUCAUUACUCUUCACAGGAAUUGUUCCUUCAUUUAUAACUUGGCCAUUUUCUCCACAUACUAGUUUUCCUUUUUGAUUUCAUUAGAAUUUAAGCUAUAGGCACUAUGAGGGCAUAGGAUAUUGUCUGCUUUGUCUGGUGUUAUAUCACCUAUAGAUUAAUGUGCCUAGAUUAAUGUCUGGUGAAUGUAGUAGGUGCUUAAUAAAUAUGUAUUCACUGAAUGCUACCUAAAAUCUGUGUUAUUUGAUGUGCUGGAACAAAGCCAUUCAAGGCCCUGGACUAUCUCAUUUUCCCAUCAACACAACUAAAUAGUUUUCUCCUCUUAGGAAAUGAGCAUGUGGUAUGGCUCUGGUCCUUCAUCAACUUACACAACAGUUCGUUUUGGAGGUCUUGAACAUAUAUUGCUGUUGUUUGGUAUCCCAGGUAGUUUAUAUCAGUUGUCUGCUUUAUUAAGAAAGUGAAGCCAAGACAAACACAUUCAACCUAUGCCAAUAAAAGUGUCCCAUCGAUAAUGCAA